CGACUGCGUUUCGUCAUCCGGUGUGUCAUUCAGGACACUUAUCCGAGGACGGGGCUUCAGGACUUAUACGACGGUACGGUUACACACGGACGACAAAAGAUCUAGCAGGAUGCGACCGGACUCACGUAGCGUCUCGUUCACGUUUCACCGGGAGGUGUUGAGCGUGCGAAACUCGCCGGAGAUGGUGCGGAGCUCGCGGAAUUUGCGUCAGCGGCUGCAAGAUCGAUUCGAGAAAGAACGGGGAACGUCCAACAACGAUGCGAAGGGGAAGUCGCACAAGGCGAAGGAAUCGAAGGAGUCGACCGACCGACCGUGGAACAACAUCAGCCUUGGCAACGUAUCCGCGGAUUCGAGGCGAGCGUUACGAAGCGGGGCCGAGAAGCUGUCCAGGACGAUAUCCUCCGUGCGUACUACUUUUGGCACGAUAUCCCAGAAAUUUAAGAGUUCCACACGAAGACGUCAACGAUUGGAAGAACAACAGUCUCCGUCCAACAUGCAGACACCUCAGACUCGCUCCCGUCAACUUUUAGGCCGUACGCCGACCAAACUCUACAGUCCCUUUGGCAUCGAAUCACCGAGACACGCCUGGAAUAAGGAGAAUGAAAUUAGCACGCCGGUACGUGCCUCGUCACCAGAGUGCAACAUGCGUUAUAUACACUGUAGACCGUUUCGUUUCACAAAAGUGAAAGGAUUCUCCAUGUUGAGAUAAGGGAAGAGCCACACGAGUCUUCUCUUCAAAGUUACUGCAUGUCGAUCUCUUUCUUCCUAGCGAACGCAGCCAGGUUUGCGUGCCUUGUGUGUAACAACAUUUAUAUAUCGAGGACAAUUUAUUUAUGUUCAGUCGCGAGUAACUCGCCACAAGCGACGCAAAUCCGUCAUUGAGUCAGCAAUGAUGUUUUUUUAUACAAAUAGGGUAGGACGGGGCUAUUCCGUUAGUUUCAAUCUUAUGGGCUUUCUACAUAAGUCUCAACUUUCUACUUAAAGAUAAAGACUUAA